UUGCAGGGGUCGAGAACGGCCGCGAGGUCGCGUGCCUCAGUUUUCCAGCUCUCUUACUAUUUAUCUUUUUAUAUACCGUUCCACAAUCUAAUUUUAUUUCAGAACUUCACGUGGUAUCAAAAAGUGGCAAUCUCUCCUCUUUGCGAUGGGAUCGGCAGAGUUCCUAUACAGUAUCCAUGGAAUGAUGGUGGUGUUGUGAUGAAGAACUUGCAAACACUCCAUGAGAUUCCUCUGAUUCUUUCGUCCUGGCCUGGUGAUAACUCCAGCCUUUUCGAGAACUUCAUCAGAGAUAACUUCAGUGCUGACGAUGCGGAUCUUCUAUCUCAGGUGAUGAUUCUGGCAGUCGAUCGUGACAAAGAACGUACGAAGGAAGACAUGCAUAUAUUCGCCAAGUCUAUAUAUGCUAUAAGGCAGACAUCCCAUAACUGGGAGGAAAUGUUAAUCGAUUCAGAGAGGGAAAAUGGGGCUGGGAUUUGUGAAGAUGCCAAAAUGGAGAACGAAAAGUUGUCGACUAUUUCACGAUCUCAUGAAGGACUCACUGUGAAGGACUCUUCGGACACCAUGUCAGCAAGAGCCACUUCUGGCACCGAUGUCACUGCGCCCACUUCUGAAACGUCUUAUGGCUCGCGAUCGGAACUGCUGGACGUAUACCGAAGAGUCCUGCUACGAUUGACAAGGGGCACAACGCGGAAGUCGUCAAUCGCAAGCGCGAGUUGUAUUGAUGAUUUUUGCUGCGUAAUUUCGGAAGUAGUGCUGAAUAAAACCGAAACGAAGACUCUUAGCAUAACACCGGAUGUUAUUGAAUCUCCAGUUUCCAUCAGCUUCCAUCAAGGACUCCGAGAAUGUGCUUCAGUCACCACCGAGACCAACGCAUCAAAAUCAGAUGACGAACAGAGUAAACGCGAAUGGACAGUAUCUCUGAAAGAGUCCUCCCCUCUUUCGGAAUGUGGCGAAGCUUCAAAGAAAGAAAUGGAGCAUGAAGAUGACGACUGGAACCUUCUAGGAACCGCUGAGCCAAAAGUUGACAGAGAGAAGAUCUUGCAAGAUCUGCGCACUUUCACAUGGGCUCUAGAUACAAUUGAGAAAUGGUCGGAUUGUCCGUCAUCAACUAGGGAAAAAGUUUUGUCGAUGGCCUUAAGCUGUCACUGCGAUCUGGUGAAGGCGCGAGCGUUGAAGAUGAAAGAAUGUGCAUGA